ACUUAAUAGCUGAUCGUCUUUCGGUCAUUUUCGGUUAAUUUACCGAUGUUUGUCGAAAAUAACCGAAAGACGGUCGGCUUUUGCUUCGAGAUUAUUGACUGUCUCAUUCGUUCGAGUCUCUUUAGUUCAUUUGGAUGGGUAUCCAAGUAUGCAGGAUUUCCUAAAAUUUCCCUCGUUUACCGUUAUUUUUCGUUUCAAAUAAAUUCUGUUAUAAUUUAAUAUUUGAUACAAGAUUCCAAAGUUGAAACAAACAGAUUGAACAUUUAUUUUACGUAGAUAGAUUCCGGAAACUGGUGGGAUUAACGACGCGUAGUUAGCUAGGUAUACUCAUGAUCGUAGAAUCAUAAAAAUCAUCGAUAACCGAGCGCUUCGAAAACACACGUUAUAGCUUCGCUCGAGGCGGAGCGAACGAGCCUCGUUCGCUCGUUGCAUACUCGUGAAACAGUCGAGUUCCGUGUUUUUAAAAAAAGCGCGGGAAAAAGCAUUGACGAAUAUAUUCAGCUGUCACGAAGCUCGAGGUGUUUCGAAGAAUCGAAUCGCUCGAUCCAGUUGCAAGAAAGUCACAUUCCAUUCGACAGUUGGUGAUGGGAACUGAUUGGUGAGAAAAAGAAAAAAAAAAAAAGAAAAAGAAAAAAGAAAGAAAUCUGAGCGAGAAGAGGAGAUCCUCGUUGAAGCGGAUCAUGCGGAUGAUCGUCCGGCUUGUUCAUUCACACAGCUGUGACCGUGUUAUGCAGUGAUACCCUCCCUUGAGAAAGCUCUCGUGAUUGUGUUGAAAGAAAAGAAUCAUGUCGAAGAGUGGUGACUCGUCGGCAGGUACUACGAAGAACCCUGAGCACGAGAGCGGUUACUUCGAGGAUGGAAGCGAUGUUGAAACGAUCGUUGAGGAGCCAAUUAUCAUUGAAGAGAGAAAUUACGUAUCUACCUGUUAUCGAUUAUCUAAGGACAUCGACGACUUCGAUAUGAGGGAUUUCAACGAGCCAGUUCCUGAUUACGACGAGGACAGAGCGUCUUUCAAGAUUGAGUCCGUUGAUGAUGUAAACCUGGCAGACAGCGGAGGCCAGAGGGUUGAUAUGACGCAUUUCGAUCUUCUGAAAGUCCUUGGAACUGGAGCUUACGGAAAGGUGUUCCUGGUGCGCAAAAGAACUGGAACCGAUGCAGGCAGGCUCUACGCCAUGAAAGUCUUGAAGAAAGCGUCCAUCGUCCAGAGAAAGAAGACGACCGAGCACACCAAGACGGAGAGACAAGUUCUGGAGGCCGUUCGGGACAGUCCUUUUUUAGUUACAUUGCAUUAUGCCUUUCAAACGGACGCAAAGUUACAUCUGAUUUUAGAUUAUGUCAGCGGCGGCGAGUUGUUUACGCAUCUGUAUCAACGGGAACAUUUUACCGAGGACGAAGUACGAAUCUAUAUCGGCGAAGUUAUUUUGGCGCUGGAGCAUCUACAUAAACUGGGUAUAAUUUACAGAGACAUUAAACUGGAGAACAUUCUGUUAGACAAAGAGGGUCAUAUCGUGUUAACAGAUUUUGGAUUAAGCAAAGAGUUCCUGCCGCACGAAAGGGACAGCAACGCCCGUGCUUACUCCUUUUGCGGAACUAUCGAGUACAUGGCACCGGAAGUGGUACGAGGGGGCUCGGCGGGCCACGAUAUUGCAGUGGACUGGUGGAGUGUAGGCGUACUCACUUAUGAGCUGUUGACUGGCGCCUCGCCUUUUACGGUCGAAGGCGAGAAGAAUACGCAACAGGACAUCUCGCGUCGAAUAUUGAAAACAGACCCCCCUAUUCCCAGCCACCUCAGUCCGAUUGUUCGAGAUUUUAUUCUUCGUCUCCUCGUGAAAGAUCCACGACAGCGACUCGGUGGAGGACCAGGAGACGCCAAAGAAUUGAAGGAGCAUCCUUUCUUCAAAAAAGCGCCAUCAUCUUUCAGCUGGGAGGCCCUCGAGAAACGUGAAAUUCCUCCUCCGUUUGUUCCUCAAAUCGCCCAUGAACUAGACACCAGUAAUUUCUCGGAUGAAUUUACGAAAAUGAUCGCGGCUGAUAGCCCAGCUGUAGUUCCGCCCAAUUAUGACAAAAUUUUUAGAGGUUAUUCUUACGUGGCACCAUCUAUAUUGUUUGGAGAAAAUGCAGUUAGUAAAGAUAUUUUCAAGGAAGCCACGAAAACUAAUACAGAGUCUCAGAGACCGUCAACAUCGGAUGUAUUGGCAGCCAGGUUCGAGGAGUCUACAUUUUUCCAGAGUUACGAGAUAGAUCUUCGAGAAGAAGCCUUAGGAGAUGGUAGUUUUUCAGUUUGUCGCAAAUGUAGACAUAGGAAAACGAUGGAAAUAUUCGCUGUAAAGAUUGUUAGUCGCAGGAUUGAUUGUGGAAGAGAAGCGAGUUUGUUAAGAAGCUGUCAAGGUCACCCAAAUAUAGUCAAACUAAUCGAAGUCCAUCAGGAUAGAGCGCACACGUACUUGAUAAUGGAACUGUUAUAUGGAGGAGAAUUACUGAGAAGGCCAAGACCCUUUAGCGAUCAGCAAGCUAGCAGAAUAAUGCGACAAUUAGCUUCCGCGGUUCGAUUCAUGCACUCCAGAGGUGUAGUUCAUCGAGAUUUGAAACCAGAGAACAUAGUAUUUGCCCAUGAGGCAGAGGAUUCGCCAGUAAAGAUUGUAGAUUUUGGUUUUGCCAGAAUAAAACGUGGCUGUGAGCCUCUACAUACACCCUGUUUCACUCUCCCAUAUGCAGCUCCAGAGGUAAUUGCUAGGCAAGGCUAUGAUCAAAGCUGUGAUCUUUGGAGUUUAGGCGCUAUUUUAUAUUCAAUUUUAUCUGGAAAACCGCCAUUUGGAUCAGGUUCUCCAGAUUUAGCAACUAGAAUCAGAGCAGGUGAAAUUGAUUUCGAUAGUGAAUCCUGGAAUCACGUGUCUAACCUUGCUAGACAAGUUGCCAAAGGCUUGUUAACCGUGGAUCCGAGCAAAAGACUGACAGCCAGCGGACUGGCGAAUCAUCCUUGGUUACAGGAAUCAAAUUCAUUCGACGUGGCUAGUUCGUAUGAUGUAACCGCAUUGGAUAAUUCGAAUGCUUUGCUGGAGAAACCAGAAAGCUUUCGAUUGCGUGAAGUAGAUGGCGCAAGGCUUGCACAGCGCAGGAAGCUACACAAACGUUCCACUUCUAGUUCCGUAUCGUCGUCUGCUUCUACUACGUCAUCGAGUCCCUCUGUACAGCUCCUUCGACCACCUAGUAACGCUACUAACGUUGCAACAUCCGUUUCACCGGCCCAACCAAACGCUUUUGAUUUCGGUGAAGAAAAAGUAAAUGAAUACCUCAGUUCCUUAUCCUCCUCUUCCGAUUCAAAUUCACCAAGGAUUGUGCAUCAAGAACCAGCUAAGAAACGACGUAAACGGGAUGAAGAUGAGGAAACAAAAUCAAAAAAAUGUAAAAAACAAAACGUCCAAUGUACAGAAAUUUAUAAAAAUAGGACUGGUCCAGUGACCAGGUCUAGGAAAAGAAAAUUAGAGGAACAGACUAUAAAUGAAGAUGAAUUAUCAGUGUUAGAGUCCUGCGAAACGAGUCAUGUAGAUUUCAGGGAGAUCCAUCGGAAACAGAAGGCAGGAAAGCGGCCCAAAAGAUUGGCUACCAUUACCGUGGAAUAGAUAAAAUUUGCAUCAUCUUUUCAUAUUUCUCCUAUAUAUAUAUAUGUAUGCAUUUCACGUAAUGUUGCAACGUUGGCUGCCUUCGACGCUCGAAUUGAUUCGGGUAACAUACAUUGCGUCAUUCCUAUUUCCAGGACUUCGCUUGGGAACCGUUUCGAAUUUUGUAUGAGUUCAUAAAAACUAUUCUAUUUUUAUUAUUAAUAUUUAUUUAAAUAUUUUAUUAAUACUUUAUCAUUGAUAUUAACGAAAAAGUGUUUAAAUUUUUUUAUUAAUUAAUUUAUCUAGCAUUUUAGGUAAUAUAAAUUAGAUAUUGAGGUUAUGUGAAUAGCAUAAAACUGAAUAGAUAGAACUAAAUAUUUCUUUAUAUCCAUGUAACUUUAUUUUAUAAUAUAAAAUUUUAUGAUAUAAACAUAGAUUAGUAUAACAAAUUAUAAUAAGUAAUUUAAAAUUAGGAUAAUAAUUUAAAAUUAGAAUAAUAAUUUAAAAUUAGAAUAAUAAUUUAAAAUUAGGAUAAUAAUUUAAAAUUAGAAUAAUAAUUUAAAAUUAGGAUAAUAAUUUAAAAUUGGUAUAGUAAUUUAAAAUUAGGAUAAUAAUUUAAAAUUAAUAUGAUUAAUUAGAUUAGAUAUUAAAUAUGUUUAGAUAUUUUAAUGAACCCGUACAAGAUUCAAUAUGGCGUGUUCCUAACUUUAAUUAAUUUUUCUUUUUUCGCAUUAUCUGUGAUCAAUUGUAAAAAUGAAAACGAAACAUAUAAAAUCGUCGAAAUUCUUUCGACUUUUUGUAACCCUCACUCUAUCAUUGAUCUUUCUUGGAUGAAGAAAAGAAAGAAAAAAAUAAAAAUAAAAAAUGAGGGAAAAUGUAAAGCAAAUAAACAAGCGAUUUUGUGAAAAAAUAAAUAAAUAUAAUAAAAAUAUAUAAUAAAAAUUCAAUUCAUGAAAAUUAUAUAAAUCAUAGAAAAUGUGCCUCAGAAAGACGAUUUAUAAGAUGAUGAAUGUGGUGUAUGUGCGUUUUGAAGCGAUAGAUUUUGGAAAAAUGAAACUUAUCUAUUUGAAAUAUAAUAGAAUAAAGAUAAAUAAAAAAAAAGAUGGAAGAAAUGCGUGUACCUUUUAGUUACUAUAUUAAGAAAAGAAUAAAUGUAUUGUGUACACGAUUAUUAUUAUCAAUUAUACAAAUACAUAUAAAUAAAAAUAUACACAGACUCUAA